AUUAAGUUCAUUGGAUGCACAAUCGCAACAAUUAUUGCAUUUUACUUCCUGGAUAAAUUACAAAGAGCAGAUGCCGAUUGGUCAGACACUUCCUCAGAUUUUUGUAAGUGCAGAUUUUAACUUGCAGAUACAUGUAGAUUGUUUAUUAAUGCAUGGACGCCCUUGAAAGAAAUGGGGCCCUGAGGAUAAAACAAAGUUCCUCAUCACGUGAUCUCGAAACAAGCGUAUGAAAUGUUGACAUAUGAGCAUGGGUAUUUAAAUUUCAAACUACUCUAUCCUGAAAGAUAGUUCCUGACAAUUUCAUAUCAAUAGAAGAUGAAAUUAUUUAUGUUAUGUUUGUGUUUGUAUUUGGUGGAGUCAAGAAGAAUACCAUGUCAAAUUUCAAAGAAUACAACGAUAAAGUUUCGACUCAUAGCAGAAUCAAGAAAAAAAUGCGAAGGUCGCCAAACGAAGGGUAGUAUCGCCAUUAAUGAAAUUGUCCUAAACAAAAAUAAACUUAAAUUGGAAUGGAAUCAUCGAUAUUUUGAUGGAUUUGCUAGAUGUCAAUUCCUUGUACAGAUUAAACGAAAAAUGGAAAAUUCUCAGCAUAGAAGUGUUACAUGUUUUCGUGUUUGUGUAAUUGGUGCCAAGCGAUUUCGCAAUGCCACUAGAAAAAGAAAAAUACCAGUACAGCUAUCGUGCUUUAAGAGAUACCUGAAAAGAGAAGGCAUAAUUUCAGUAUUUAAAAUAAAGGGGAAAAGAUAUCAACCAAAACUCAUUCGCCAAAUUGGAUACAAAUUCGAAAAAAUUCCAGAGCCGUGCAUUAAUUAUGAACCAAAGAUCAGAUGUAGAGAAAUAGACAACGGUGUAAAUGUAUCUUCCUGUCCACGGCGAUUUGGUAGAGUGGAAUUUGGUUUAUAUAAUACAAAGACAAAUAGUAUGGAGGAACCUUUAAUAGAACCUCUGGAAAAUUGUUGGGCUUUCUUUCCGAAUAUUACAUAUGGUGAAUAUAGAGGAACCGUACAAAUUCUGAGUUGUCGAGAUUGUGCCGAUUAUAGACUAACGGGUAAAGCUUGUGAUACAACAAGAUACAGAUCCGUGCCCUUCAUAGUCGGUACACCCCCAACCACCGUAGAACCGCCCACAUGGACAGAAAAAGUUUCAACACCAGAGUUCGAUCAAUUCAUACAUAGGCCUAUUGUUAUCGUAAUUUGUGGAAUAUUUGCGUUUUUGGUAUUUACACUUCUAUUGAUACUACUUCUUUCCUCGCUAGGUAAGGGUUGUUUGAACAAGAAUAAAAAUCUGGAAGAUGCAUUACCACUGAUUCCUCGUGAAGACGAUAACAACAACAAAAUGUUAGUGCUUUAUGCACCAGAUCACGACUCCCAUUUUAAUGCUGUCAAAAGUUUCUGCAGAUUGAUGACGUAUUUGGGAAAAGAUGUUCAACAAAUGACACCAGCGGAGGAAUUAAACCUGGUCACAAAUCCAGAUUAUGGCGUAGUAAUUGUUAUUCUAUCGAAUGGAUUUUUCGGAAAUUGCAAAAGUGAAAACUGUCUCCGGCACCUAUCUACAUUGAAUAAUAAUUCAAUAGUUUUAUUUGUUUCGUUUGGUUAUGGAAAAGAGUAUCUCUCUGAUUUUUUCCAAUUUCUCGCAAUUGACCAUAAUAGGGUGUUUUCUUUGACGAAAGAGAUGGAUUACAAGAGUAAUCUCCAAAUCUCCAACUCUCCAAAGAGGAUAAAACGCGAGUUAAAUUUACACCCGCUUCUCAAAAGCAUAAACGGUCCAGUGCUUGACGCCGAUGCAACAGAAUCUAUUCACGAAAGUGAACAUGCUCAAAACUUUCUCUUUCACGUUAACAGAGUGAUGGACUCAGAAAUCAGAAAACCACUCCGAUUUUUAUAAAUGAAAUGAUUUAUCUAUGAUCUCAGAGCUUAAAUCAGAAAACCACUCCGAUUUUUAUUUUAACAAAUGAUAUAAAUGAAAUCAUUUAUCUAUGAUCUCAGAGCUUAAAUCUACCUGGAGCCAAUUACAUGCAUCAAGGCCUUGGCUACGUUCAACUGGACCGAGAGCAAAUCCAAGAUGGGGAAUUUUACUAAGUGUAUUUUACGGCUAGAUCUUUUUCUUAAGGUCAACUCAAGAUUUCGUCAAGGUCGUCGAGAUGUAAAUAAGGUUAUGGCACGAGAUUGUAUUUUAGGGUUAGGCUCAGAGUUAAGUCCAGGGUUAGGGUUGGGAUUAGCUCUAGCCCUGGUUACAUCUCGUGACCUUUGACCAAGCUUGUAAUUGGCCUUAUGAAAUAGAUCUUACCGUAUUUUACCAAUAGGGGUAUUCCAUAGGGAUUUGGAAAACUUAAUUAAUUUAUGAGGUUUUUUUUAGAUAUUUUUAUCUAAUAUCAAAGCACUAGUCAUUAAUAUUAUAAAGCCACAAUGUGUUCUUGUCUAAAAGCUAAAGCAUAUAUUCCAUAUAAUCCAUAGGAUAUGCUUUCCCCAAACAGAAGUUCUUUUGCUUUGUGUUUCUUUUUUGUUUUGUUUAUUUUUGCUUAUAAUAUAUAUUAAGUUGUUGAUAUUAUUGUUGGUUUGCUUAUUAUAUGUUGCAUAGCCAUUAUAUUAUUUUUUUUAACAUUUGAAUUCAAUUUACAAAUGUAUAUCAAUAGUUUAUUUAUUAAAAGAUAACAUAGUAAUAUUAUAUUUUAUAAUAGAAUAGAAUAUUAAAAAUAUAAUUUUACAUCAU